AUGACUAUCAAUGGGUUAUUGAUACCUAGCAAAUUCAUUCUAGUUUCCUGCCAUUUCAUUACCUCCUUGAUGGCUUAUUAUGGAGCUGUAUCUAACUCCUCAUCUAUUAGAAAGAAAAUAUCUUGGCUAAUUUUCAAACCAAGACAUAUGACACCAAUUCCGAUGCGUACACCUCAGCGUAUAACUCCAUCAUUUCGUGUAUUCUACUGGGAUUGAUUGGCCUUGGCAUUGAGAUGAUAUUCAUUAUAACUGGAAUUACAAUGUUUUAUGAUACCAGCAACUUUUUGAGUAAGACUUAUCUCACUUCAACUAGUUAUAUGUUUGCAUGCGGUUGGCAUCAUAAUUUACAGCGAAUUUAUUAUAGGAGCAUGGCCUUAUUACGAAUUAUGGUACUAUUGGGCGGCAUUUAUGUAAAAAAUUCAAAAUAAAUUCUUAGCUUGUUACCAGUUCUAUUGGAAAUAGUGGCGACAUGCUUUGGGAAUAUACUUUACGGGACAGCCUUCAAAAGAAGAUUAUCAAGAAAAGGAAAUUGA